GGCCGUUGCGGCGGCGGUUGGGCGGCCAUGACGGCGCACAGCUUCGCGCUGCCGCUCGUGCUCUUCUCGGCCUUCUGGGGCCUCGUGGGCAUCGGGGCGCCCUGGUUUGUGCCCAAGGGGCCCAACCGUGGGGUGAUCAUCACGAUGCUGGUCACCACCGCCGUGUGCUGCUACCUCUUCUGGCUCAUCGCCAUCCUAGCCCAGGCCAACCCGCUGUUCGGGCCACAGCUGAAGAACGAGACCAUCUGGUACGUGCGCUUCCUCUGGGAGUGAGCAGCGCCCACAUGGAGACCCUCGCCACCACCGUCUUGCUGCUCCAGUCUCUGCCCUCAUGUAGUCCCUGGCAGUCCCCAGCGGUGCUGGGCCUCCAGCUAGACCUACUGCUCCCAGCCCCCCAGAGCACUGCAGGUGGCCACAGCACCAGCUGUGCCCUCAGCCUCAGCAGGCAGGACCCCUGCUGGGCCUGGGGGCACAAACCCUGCACUGCCUGCCCUCCUGAGCCGAGCCCUGUGUGUACCCGUGGCAUCUGGGAGACCCUGUCACCUGGCCCAGUCAGCGAUGUUGAUGAUCAGCUAGUCCUUUGCAGGAGGGAGUCCUAGGUGUAGGGCCAGUACAUCCUGUUUGCAGCCCUUGUCAUCCUCAGUACUCAGCCCUGGGCUCUCCUUGUGUGAAACCUGUUCCUGUCCCAACCUCAAUAGAGAAUCUCUUGUCUCUGCUUUGGACCCUGUUUGCUCCUGUGCAGGAGCAGACAGAAGCCUGUGGCCUCCUCUCUAUGUUCAGUCUUCUUGCGGGGGGAGCCUGGGCCUGCAGUGGAGUCCUCCUUGCUGAGACAGGUUUGAGGUGGGGAGAAGGGAGAUCUGACCUGGGAGGAACAGACUGACUCCCCCCAGCCUGAAGGAGAAUCAGUAUGAGUGGAGGGUGAGGGGGGUCUAUGGCCUGGCCGAUGGUUCAUGCUGGAGGUCGCAUCCUCACUACUGCUCAACCCUCCCCACUGUGGAAUCUAGGUGUUACCCCUUUUGCAUCUAUCACAAUUUGGAGAAGAACUGAGUAUCAAGUAGUAGCCCAGGAAACUUCCUUUAUUUAUCAGAGAAUUAAUGUG